AUGUCAAGAGGUCCACUGCCGUCCAGGUUGUGUCUCCUCUCAGACCUACCAUCUAAACCAGCAGGCGAAAAAGUCCGGUUUCUGGGAUGUGUCACUUCCUACUCGACAGACUCAGCUGUGCUUACCCUAGAGCACGGCUUCCCCAAAGGAUCCAAUGUUAGUGCAUCGAUUGACGUCCAGCUCUUGCUCGGAACAAUCACGUCGGAGCAGACUAGUGUUGGCGAGUGGGUAAAUGUUGUUGGCUAUGUUACACCUACUUCUUCGGGAACGCGGGCCAAAGGAGCAUCCCGCGAGCCGCAGAACGUGGCUAUUCAAGCGCUGUUACUCUGGUCUACCGGGCCCCUCAAUCUUCAGCGGUACGAAGCGUCUUUUGCGAAAACAUGA